AUGCCUCGCGUUGACAAGAGGAGACGCGCUGUGGAUAAGCCAGAGAAGGACCCGGCACGACUGGAACAUCAAGAACGGGCGUAUAUUGCGGCGUCCAGGCGGACAGACCGCAGUCCCCAGGCUCGCUUUGGCUCAGCUCGGCGUGCUUCUGAACUUCAUUUCGAGCGAAGUGGGCGCCAUUUGCGCAUUACAAUGGAGGCCGUUUUAAACGAAGAAAUGUACGAGGAGUUGGACGAGAACCGGGAGCGCCGGGAGCUCCUCUCAUCUCUUGAGUUGCAAAACGACAAGCUGACGCGACAAUUACAAGAACUGUUAAUUCUUCCCAAGCCGCAGCCCACCUUGUCGUCUUGUCCAGUACCUGCACAGCAACAUCCCAGCAACAACGGGCCUUCUGCGCUGUUUCAGUAUCCAGCCCAGAACAUGUGGGAUCAGCCGGUGCUGCAAAGAUCCAUCUCUUCGCCGGAGUUGUUCGCGCAGGCCGGGCAUGAUCCGCGUCAUUACCCUGGGGGUGUUUGGGGAGCGCAGCACCCUCAGCCGGCUGUCAGCCAGGCUCCGCCCUACCAACGCUCGACUUCGGCAAUGCCUGGGGAUCCGGCCGCAAGGCUGCGACCCAGCUACAUGACCACGGGGCACUUAGCGCAGCAAAUGCUGGAUGCACGGGAACGGGAACGGCUCGCCGGUCGCCCAAGAAGCGCAGAAGAAAGCCCAUAUCUCCAGAGCUACCUCGAGAUCCGUCGCAACACUGUGCCAAAUGUUGGCCCGCCAAUGAAUGUGGUGGCUGCACCCCAGGGCCCGGCUCAAGCAUUGAACCCCGGCUUGGCACGCCUGUCGAUGCAGGGAACCCGCUUCGUCGGAGCCGAUCAGUUGUAUGGAAAUUACCCAGCGCCACACAGUGAUGCGGUGCAGAAUGGCAUGCAUCCCCGUCCCCAGUUCGCCCAUGUUGCCCUGACGAACCCUCCGGUGGCCAAUAUUCCGGUACACAGUAAUCCGGUCCCGAAUGGCAUACAUGCAAACGCCCAAUUCUUCCAGGCCUGCCAGACGAACCCCCCCAUGGCGGAUGUUCCUCCCCAGGCAGGCCCGGCACUCCAGCCGUUUCCGCCGCACAACCCCCAGCCCGCUACGCUGCCGGAAGGCAACUCUACAAACAACGCCGCUUGGUCCGAUCCUAUGAAUGAGGACCUCCUUAGCUUUAUUCGAGACUUCAAUCAACCGCCCGAUCUGACAUCCGACGAUCUGACGCCUAGCCCAGUGUCUGCAUACUCGAACAUCGAGGUGGCCCAACAAGACUUCCCAGAACGGCCCAGCUUUGGUCGCUCCAUUUCAGAUCCAGAGCACCCGAUCGCGGCUUCUAUCACAGAUGCCGAAUGGCAGGCUUAUUUCAAUAGCGGCUUCUGGAAAACUACUUCUUUCGACAACGACUUCAUGCCGCCUGGGAACCCAGAAGAUCCCCCGCCCUGUUAA